AUGGACCCAGUCACCAAGCUGCCCUACUCGACGGCAUACGCAUUCAAAGUGAUCCGGGAUAAGUAUCACAAGCAUCUCAGGACGAUUCGAGGAAAUGAGGAGGUGACAUCCUACUUGAGCAGUCUGAAAGCUCUUCCAACUCCUCCAAUGUCUCCACGAGUUACUGCUUCAACAUCUGGACCAAUGACUUCUGGUGGACUUCUAGCCAUCGCCCCUUUGCCAAAGGGCGCCGUGAAGACGAAUUGA